AUGAGAACAUCACUUCUCUGGCUCGCUGCCAUUGGCGCCGAAGCUUGCCAGCGUGAGCGUGUGUUCAAGCGUCAUGCCCACGCCCAUAUCAAACGACAGGCUGUCAAUGCCACCUUCCCACCUGUAUUGGACCCCAAUGAACAGGUUCUGAUCAAUUCCUUUGACAACACCUCCAUUUCUACAUGGUCCUACUACUACACCCAUGGCGACCACAUUGCAGGAAGGAACGAGUCGAUGGCACAAUGGACCGCGGAUAAAUGGGAAAGUUAUGGGUUCACAUCUCGGCUGGACGAAUACUAUGUCUUCCUCAACUACCCAGUCUCACACUCACUCGUCUUGACAUAUCCCAACGGCAGCACGUACACCCCAACGCUCCAAGAAGCCGUGCUCGAAGAAGACCCUACCACCAGCUACCCGAACAGCAUCUCGACUUUCCACGGCUACUCCUUCACCGGUAACGCCUCUGCAGAAUACGUUUACGUUGGAAGAGGUCAACAGGUCGACUUCGAGCGUCUGCAGGCACUUGGCGUCGAGCUCGAAGGCAAGAUCGCUCUCGCCAAAUAUGGUGGUCCGUUCCGCGGUCUCAAGGUGAAGAACGCCCAAGACCAUGGUAUGAUCGGUGCGGUCAUCUUCUCUGAUCCCGGUGAUGAUGGCAACAUGACCGAGGCCAAAGGACAACUGGCGUACCCCAACGGACCGGCAAGAAACCCUACCACUGUCCAAAGAGGUAGUGUCCAGUUCCUGAGCACCUAUCCUGGUGACCCCACGACUCCAGGUUACGUGUCGAAGAAAGACUCUCCAAGAUCUGACCGCAGCAUCAUUACUCCUCAGAUCCCUUCCCUCCCCAUCUCGUGGCUCGAGGCACAGCCACUGUUGCAAGCCCUAAAUGGCUUUGGCUCCUCAGGUGUACAAGUCAACCGCACUGGCUGGGUCGGUGCCAUUCCUGGCGUCAACUACAGCACAGGCGCUGGAUCGGGCGCCACUCUUGAUAUGAGCAAUGUCAUGAAUGACACCUAUGGCUCUAUUUGGAAUGCUAUCGGCAUCAUCAAUGGUACACUCGAGGACGAGGUUGUCAUUGUUGGCAACCAUCGCGACGCCUGGAUCAUUGGAGGGGCAGCAGACCCCAACUCUGGAAGUGCUGUACUCAUUGAACUGGCCAAAGCAUUCGGCGAGCUUGCAAAGACGGGAUGGAAGCCUGCUCGCACCAUCGUACUUUGCAGUUGGGAUGCCGAAGAGUAUGGUCUGGUUGGAAGCACCGAGUGGAUGGAAGAGUACAUCCCGUGGAUAAAGAACGCCGCAGUCUCCUACCUGAACAUUGACGUCGCCGUCUCGGGACCAAUCCCUGAAAUUUCAGCUACGCCUGAUCUUCAUGCCAUUAGCACUAGCCUCAUGAAGAAGAUCAUCUAUCCCUUCCACGGCAGCAGCGACCAGACUAUGUACGAUGUGUGGUCAACACUCGACGGUACAGUUGGUGUCCUUGGUAGCGGCAGUGACUACACAGCCUUUCUCCACCGUGGUAUUGCUGCCAUCGACAUGGGUGCUGGUGGCGGACCGAACGAUCCAGUCUACCCCUACCAUUCCAACUACGACUCGUACCACUGGAUGGCCACAUUUGGCGACCCAGGCUUCCACACACACAAAGCAAUGGGCCAGUACCUGACUCUCCUUUUGUACCACAUGGUCAAUGACCCCGUGGUCCCUCUUCAGCCUGCAGACUACGUCGAAGAGCUGAACACCUACCUCCAAGCGCUCAACACCACAAUCGCUUCUGCCAACGCUACGGUCGAUCUCUCAGCCCUAGUAGAUGCCAUCUCGACCUUCGAGACCUCCGCACGGCAGUUUAAUGACCUCCGUGACCAUGCUGUCGCAAGUAACGACACCGCACUAAUCACGGUUCAAAACCACAAGGCGCGCGACUUCUCUCGUGGCUUCACUUCUCAGGGUGGUCUGCCUACUAGAGAGUUCUAUCAGCACACCAUCUUCGCGCCUGGACGCGACACUGGCUAUGCGCCGGUAACAUUCCCAGGCAUCACCGAGAGCAUCACGUUUGAUAAGGAUGUCGAGCUGGCGCAGGAGUGGGUGGAAAAGACCAGUGCUGCGAUUCUGGUCGCUGCCAGUAUCCUCAAGACCUAG